AAAAACCCUAAAAACACAAGGCCAAAAAAUGGAGGUUAUGUAGAAACAUUUUGUUUUGGUACAUGGUGCAUGCCAUGGAAGUUGGUGUUGGUACAAGCUAAAGCCAUUGCUAGAGGCUGCUGGCCACAAGGUCACUGCCCUUGACAUGGCAGCCUCUGGCAUUGAUUUGAGAAAAAUAGAAGAAAUUCGCACACUUGUCGAUUAUACCGCGCCAUUGAUGGAGUUUAUGGAAUCCCUUCCACAUGAGGAAAAGGUUGUACUAGUAGGGCAUAGUCUUGGUGGUAUGAAUUUAGCACUUGCUAUGGAAAAAUACCCAAAAAAGAUCUAUGCUGCUGUUUUCUUGGCUGCUCUUAUGCCUGAUUCUGCUCACAUGUCCUCCUACGUUUUGGAUCAGCAAUUUGAGAGGACGCCAACAAAGAAUUGGUGUGACACCCAAUUUGUAUCAUAUGGUUCCCCUGAAGAGCCUUUGACAUCCAUAAUUUUGGAUCCCAAGUUGUUGGCUCACCGAUUUUAUCAGUUAUGCUCUCCUGAGGAUGUUGCGUUAGCAUCGACAUUAAUAAGACCAAGCUCUCAGUUUAUCGAAGAUCUAUCGAAGGCAAAGUAUUUCACGGAUGAAGGUUAUGGAUCAGUAAACAAAGUUUAUAUAAUGUUAGAAUAGGUUUAGGUUUACGUUUACUGGGCUUAAGCCCAUUGUAAUUAUGUAAUUAUAUAUAUUCGUUAUGCUAAUGGAAAACCCCCAAGCAGUUGCAAUUCUACUGCCAUAUACAA